GUGAUUGUCGUGACCUUUACGCGGAUGGAGGAGUGAAUAAUUGACAAUAAACACAUAUCGUAUGCCUCCGUCAAAGUACAGCUGUCUGUAAAGCAGUGUGAGAUAUCAGCUUAUCAAUGAUCCAGUUAUCAUACAGAGGAGUCGUUUGAGGCUUUGCAGUCGCUGACAGAAGUGUCGACUCGGAGACAUGGAGCACAUCCGCACUCCUAAGGUGGAGCAGGUGCGACUACUCGAUCGCUUCAGCAACAAAUCCACAAAUGGCACGCUGUACCUCACAGCUACACAUCUCAUCUUUGUGGAGAGCAACUCAAACAACUCGACAUCUGCAGGACAGGAGGUCUGGAUCUUGCAUCACCACAUAGCGUCUGUGGAGAAGCUCUCCCUGACCACCACGGGUUGUCCUCUGGUCAUCCAGUGUCGCAACUUUAGGCAGGUUCACUUUGUGGUUCAAAGAGAGAGAGAUUGCCACGACAUUUACAGCUCACUGCUGCGUCUUCUACGGCCGGUUUCCUAUGAGGAGCUCUAUGCGUUCUCCUACAACCCCAAACAGAAUGACCAACAGAGAGAGGAAGGGUGGCAGCUCAUCGACCUGGGGGCGGAGUUUGAAAGGAUGGGCGUCCCCUGCGACCAAUGGCAGCUCACCGACGUCAACAGAGACUUCAAGGUGUGUGAGACAUAUCCACGGGACUUAUAUGUUCCCAUCACAGCCAGUAAGCCUAUCAUUGUGGGGAGCUCCAAGUUCAGAAGCAAAGGACGCUUUCCUGUACUCACGUACUUCUACCAAGAAAAGAAGGCGGCAGUGUGUCGAUGCAGUCAGCCCCUCUCUGGGUUCAGUGCACGAUGCUUAGAGGAUGAGAGCCUUCUGCAGGCCAUCAGCAAGGCCAAUCACAACAGCCGAUUCGUCUACGUCAUGGAUACCAGGCCAAAGUUGAAUGCACUGGCUAAUCGUGCGGCUGGUAAAGGCUAUGAGAACGAGGACAACUACUCCAACAUCCGCUUCCAGUUUGUCGGCAUUGAAAACAUCCACGUAAUGAGGACCAGCCUGCAGAAACUCCUAGAAGUGAUUGGGACUCGGUCUCUGUCCAUGAGCGACUACCUGGUCGGUCUGGAAAGCAGUGGCUGGUUGCGACAUAUCAAGGCUGUUGUAGAUGCAGCCAUCUUCCUCACCAAGGCGGUGACGGUGGAAGGAGUCAGUGUGUUGGUUCAUUGUUCAGACGGCUGGGACAGAACAGCCCAGGUCUGCUCACUGGGGUCGCUGCUCAUGGACCCUUACUACCGCACCAUCAAGGGCUUCAUGGUACUGAUAGAGAAGGACUGGAUCUCCUUUGGCCACAAGUUUGCAGACAGGUGUGAUCAGUUGGAUGGAGAUCCAAAGGAGGUGUCUCCUAUCUUCACUCAGUUCCUGGAGUGUGUCUGGCAACUGACAGAGCAGUUCCCACAGGCGUUUGAGUUCAGCGAAUGGUUCCUGCUGCAGAUUCAUGAACAUGUCCACUCCUGUCAGUAUGGAAACUUCCUCGGCAACAAUCAGAGACAGAGAGAGGAGUUGCAGCUGAGAGAGCGAACCCACUCACUGUGGGCUUUUCUUAUGAGCGAAAAACAGAACUACUUGAAUCCGUUCUACAGCCCUGCUUACGCAGAUUCACACCCUGUGCUGGCACCUUCAACUCUGCCCUACAACUUCAAGUUCUGGAGGAACAUGUACCACCAGUUCGAUCGCUCCAUGCACCCACGCCAGUCCAUCCUCAAAACCAUCCUGACUCUGAGAGAGAACAGCUGCAAGGCUGAGAGCGCGCUGCAAGCACUGGAGAGUCGGCUUCAACAGCUCGGUGUGACCCCUAUUGUGACCUCUGACCCCCCUGCCCCACCUCCCACCAGAGAUCAGCGUUCCAGCGCCCUCCCACCGCGUCCAGACUCCCUCAUUCUUGGGGCUCCUAUCAACCACAAAGAAGUGCAGCAACAGCAGGAUGAUGACGAGCAGGAGGAGGUGGGCGAGGAGGCCACAGAAAGCUUCGACACGGAGCGGACAGUAGAGGGCAGCAGUGGUACCGAGAGCAGGAAGCAGAGCUACGGAGAGCUGGAUGGGACAUACAGCAGUGAAUUGGCUAAAGAAGAGCCAGCUGUUGUCAGUCUGGAGUUUGGAGUGGCACGCAUGACCUGUUGAGACCAAACAGGGGGAUUGUGGGAUUGUUAGGGAUGGGCACUACUGAGUGAGAGAGAGAUUACUGAAAGCGUGUGGAGGAGAUGCUGCCGCUCUGUUUGUGAUAACGUGCUGAUUACGCAAUGGCCCUGAGUGGGCCAAGUGGAUGAAAUUGUAAUUCUGUAUAGUCUCAAUGUUAAUGGGAAGCCUCAUUAUUAUGUCAUAAACUGCACCUAUAGGAAAAGGCUUGUUUUUUUAAGAAUGUUGAAAAGCACUAUAAAGAAUUAAUGAAUAGAGUAAGAUAAUAAAUUCAUGCCAAACAAA